UCGAUUAGCCAAUGGGAGGCGUAGUGAAGGUAUGGUCAAUUACCAUGUUUGUCUAUUAUUAGGUAAGAAGAUGCUUCCUGAUCUGUGUUUGUCUGAUAUGGCACCAUGAUAGAUUCAGGCUCUGCCUUACCAGUGAGCAGUAUUCUAGAUUUGGCAUUCUACACUGCGGUCAUCAUGAAGGUUUUCCGAGUCCUGAUGAAAAAUAAGGAACUUAUUCCUUUGGCGUUGAUCAUAACGGCGGCAGCGAGCGGAGCGUCAUCUUUUGCUGUCUAUUCCCUUAAUAAAAAACCCGAUGUGAUCAUUGAUCGAAAAAGAAAUCCAGAACCUUGGGAAAAUGUGGAUCCCAGUGUACCUGGAAAGCUUAUAACGAUCAACCAACAAUGGAAACCCAUUGAAGAGUUGCAGAAGGUCCGAAGGGCAACCAGAUGACCAGUCCUGGCCUCUUUCUUCCAUAGAGCGCUCUAUGAAUCUAGCGGAAACACUUCUGCACAAUCUAGAUUAUGGAUCCAGUGUACGGAAGUGCUUCUGCUACGUUUCUAGGGCUUGCCUACACUCUUGACUCUGAAUAAGGAAUUAUAAAGUUGGCGCAGCAAUAACCACAGUCUAAAAAUAAAUUUCUUGUUGUAAAUUUGAAUUUUGAAUAUUGAAAUAUUUAUGUUUAUGAUGCCUGAAUGUUUUAACAUGUAUAAAGAUUCAUAAAUUUUAUUAUCUAUAAUAAAAUACCAUUUGUGCAAGA